GUCAGAAACAACGUGGGGUGCCGCGAAACAAGGUGAACAGGUUUGCAAGCGGCAUUGUGCGAACUGCACUUUGCUUGUUGCUCGCCGAUACAAUUUUCAGUUCUGAACGACGACCGGCGUCGUCUUCUUCGUCUUUCGUGGACGACGAAACGCGGCACUCAGCGAAAUUUUUGCUCACGUUUUUCGCGAGUAUGGGACUCGGUACGCGGCUCUCAGACCUUGCCGGUUGUUAAAAAAGAAAGAAUUAAUCGGGAACUCGUCACACGAGUACGUUCAACGAUAAAUACCGGACAGCAUCCUAUCCGGUGACUACAUUUGUGGACUGUGAGUGUUCGUAUUAACUGAUGUCUUGUGAAUGAUUCAAAGCCACGAGAUCAUCGUGACUGCCGGACAGGGAAAUGCCUGCGAUCAAACUCUUCGGAAGAAAAUGGCUAGCCGCGACAGAUGAUCUUGUCUAUCCAGGUCUGUUCGAGAUUUUCUUUCGAACCGUUUGGUUAAUGCUUAUUGGUGGUGCCUGUUACAAAUACUACGAAUACACAUGGAGUUGUCGAUUAGGAGGAGAACUCGUUCGAGUAUAUCUCCUCGGAGAAGCGGUAUUUUUACUCAUAUCUAUAAUUUUCAUGUUGGUCAUCGUAAGACAUAGCGCAAAAGGAGCUAUAAUGGACACACGUGCUCGCAAAUAUGUCGAACCUCUCGUCACAGCUAAGAUAUUAUUACUCCUACCCGAGAUAGCAUGGAAUGCUUUAGGAAGUUUGUGGAUGUUCGGAUCAGAAAUUGAGUGCAGUUACGAGCACUAUACCGUCAGCGUAGUGAAGACGCUAGUAGUUUUCGACUGGGUUCUCAUAGGUCUGAUGAUUGUUGGAUUAGUGGUGAUAUUCGAUCCUAUGGGAUCAUUAGAAAAGAAACAAUACGACUCUUUUACUCUACACGACAAAUUGGCCAACAACUGGAGACGCAGGUUCAGAUGUUUCUGCUGGAUGAAGAAAGAUGAAAAUGCUAACCUGGCCUUCGAUCAUUUCGCUGCCGGACUUACCUGUCUGUUUCGUGGAACGGAUUUAGUACCUUCUGACUGCUUGGCAGGAAUAAUUCUGCUCAGAAUUCGACAAAAAUACGAAACCCACGAAUUACGACGUCUAAACAUGCUUCCUGCUCCAGUCUACACUUCCGAUGUAUCUGCAAUAUUUCAUGACGCACCAAGCUGGAUGUCCUUGGACGAUGCACUUCACUACAUGAAAAUUUGUCUAGCCGUUUAUGGAUGGAUAUUUGUUAUGUAUAAACACUGCUACACGGGGUGUUUUCGAGUUAUCGCAAAUUUGACGUGUUGCGGAUGUUUCCGGAAACAUACCGCAAUCAACGGUGACAAUUGUUGCUAUUGUUAUUUAGGAGGUUUCAAAGAUUUAUCGGGUAUAUCUGCGGACGACAUACUGUUUGCAUCGUUUCGAGAUCGCAUAUGCGAGAUACCGUACUGCGUGUACGUCGACCAUAAAAUGAAAAAAAUCGUCAUUGUAAUACGAGGUUCUCUGUCGAUACGUGAUAUAUUCACGGACUUCGCUGCCGAUUCCGACGUUUUCGAAUGGGAAGGUGUGCCACCUGGCUCGCAGGGACACACCUGUAUGAUUGCAGCAGCCAAGUUCAUUUUAAACCAAUUGGAUGAAAAUAAAGUCUUGGAACGAGCGUUCAUUACGUAUUCUGAAUUUAAUUUAAUGAUCACAGGUCACAGUCUGGGUGCUGGUAUCGGUAUUCUUUUAGCUUUUUACUUGCGACCACGAUACCCGAAUGUAAAGGUCUACGCGUUUUCCACACCAGCCGGUCUUUUAUCUCGCCAAGCUGCCAAAGCGUCGGAAGAAUUCGCUCUAACGAUUGGAGUUGGCGAUGAUUUAGUAAUGAGGCUAAGUAUGAACAGUAUAGAGGAUCUCAGAGUAUCAUUAAUCAUGUGCCUUCAGUCUUGUCGAUUACCCAAGUACAGAGUGAUAUUAAAUGGUUUAAGUUAUAUGCUGCUUGGUCAAAUACCAGAAAAAGAUCUCAAUAGAGCGUGGACUGAUAGCGGGGUAAUCAACACCUCAGCAGGACAAUCGCCUUUACUAAACAUAAAAUAUGUUCCGAAAACAGAGGAACAACAGAUAUACGAGGAUGAUAUAACAAAAAGGAGGUUAUCAAAAGCGAAAUUAUACGUAGCAGGCAGAAUACUUCAUAUAAUAAGUUGUAAAGCUGAGCAAAAAGAUAAAAGAGGGAAAAAGAAAAAAGCAAAGAAGCAAAAAUAUGAAAUGCGAUGGUGUCAACCGGAAGAAUUUUCGGAACUGCUUGUAACGCCACGAAUGGGGUUAGAUCAUUUGCCAAAAUAUGUACAAUGUGUCCUUAAAGCAACGGCGAAACAGCAAAGUAGUCAAACAGUUCAUCUAUAAUAUUAACAUAGUUAAAAAGAAGUAGAAGAAAAGGAAAAAAAAUAUAAAAAUUAUAGUUUCUAAUCGAUAAUUUAUCAGGGACUAAAUUGUUGCUUCCGAUGCGGAACAGUACAAAUGUUUUUAUAUUUUUGUGAUAUAAGACGAUUGUGUUUUAUUGCGAUUCAUUAUCAAAUUCAAUAUGCCAAAAAGUGAAGAAUCCAUUUAAUGGUUUCUUUUAAAACGAUGCAACUGCGGAUAGAUGUAAAAUAUUUUCGAAUGUACUUUAAGUUUUGCACUAUAAUAAACUUCAUCUGUCACUAAAUUAUUGAUUUCAAUAAAUUAAUAUGAAAAAUCGA